GAAAAGGCACCGGAAGGCUGCUGAUAGCGCCGGAAGUACAAUUCUCGACGGAUUCUUUAGCUGACUCGUGUUCUCAGGAUUCGCGUCUUUUCCCUCACAGGUUGACGGAAGCAGAACUCGGGAGACCUGAGUUGAAGCGUCCAAACCGAGGCUGUCGAGACCACAGCAAGUCCCAUUUCCUUGCUGUCUCCGGCUCAGCUCCGAAGUGAAUGUGGACGAGGUUUUCCCAGGGUCAGCCGGGAAAGAAGUCAGCGCCCGAGGGACCCCGAGUUAGUGAAAAGUCACUCAUCUUGAAAGUAGUCCUGGCUUCUAAAUCUGCCAUCCAGUUAACUCAGGAGGAAAAGCUGACAGCUUCUGACUUUUAACCACCCUGGACAAGACUCAGUAUGUCUCAGGCCACCAAGAGGAAGCAUGUAGUAAAAGAGGUCCUUGGGGAGCACAUGGUUCCCGCCGACCAUCAGCAGAUUGUGAAGGUACUCCGGACCCCAGGGAACAAUCUUCAUGAAGUGGAGACAGCACAAGGGCAGCGCUUCUUAGUGAGCAUGCCCUCCAAAUUUCGCAAGAAUAUCUGGAUCAAGAGAGGAGACUUCCUCAUUGUUGACCCUAUUGAAGAGGGAGAAAAGGUAAAAGCUGAGAUCUCCUUUGUGCUCUGCAAGGACCAUGUGCGCUCUCUGAAGAAGGAUGGUCGCUGGCCUGAGGCCUUCUCUGAAGUGGAUGAAAAACACAACAACAUAAAUAGACAGAGUCAGCCAGAACUCCCAGCUGAGCCAAAGUCAUCAGGAGAAGAGUCUAGUUCUGAAGAUGAUUCUGACCUCUUUGUUAACACCAACCGCAGACAGUAUCAUGAGAGUGAGGAGGAGAGCGAAGAAGAAGAAGCUGUCUGAGACCCCAAAACCUACUUCUCCACUUGCUCAGGGACUAACUUCCCAGCUUCUCUGGGCUCAGACAUUCCCAUGUUGCCCUGCACAUUUUUCCCCCUGGAUGGGGACAAUGCAUGGCUUCUCUCUGAACUGACCCUAUGACCUAGAAGAAUUAAACCCCUGGUGGGUAGUGGCUUGUA